UCUUGAUUCCUGUUUCAACGGCUCAUUAUGUCCCUGACAUCGCCAAGUGUGGUGAUGGAAAAAUCAUCUGUAGCCGAGAAGCAAUCCCAUAUUUGAUGAAAAUGGCUCCCUUCGGCCAAAAAAACACUAAUGAUGGCUAUGUAUAUCUAUAUGCAGGUAAAGCCGUUGCUCCAGGUGACACGGCAGGAGGAAGAGAUGCAGGCCAAAGAGGAGGAGAUGCAGAAGAUCAAGGAACGGCAGCAGAAGGCAGAAGCUGAGCUGAAGGAACUGGAGCAGAAACAUACACAGCUGUCCGAGGAGAAGACUCUGCUGCAGGAGCAGCUGCAGGCAGAGACAGAACUGUAUGCUGAGGCCGAGGAGAUGCGGGUCCGGCUGGCAGCCAAGAAGCAGGAACUGGAAGAGAUCCUACAUGAGAUGGAGGCACGCCUGGAGGAAGAGGAGGACCGGGGCCAGCAACUACAGGCUGAGAGGAAGAAGAUGGCUCAGCAGAUGCUGGUAAGUCAUUGCAGGGGCAGCUUAUGGCAGAAAUAGAUCCACUGGACCCUCCG